CGGUGAGCCCCCCCCCCCCCCCCCCCCCCCAUCUGCUCGUUGUGUGGGCUGAGCUUCGAGGGGCUGAGCUUCAGUGGAGAACCACACGAUGGGGCACAAUAAGGAGAAGCGUUAUGAGUGUGACGUGUGUGGCAAGUCCUGGCAGCGCCCGAGCGAGCUGGAGAUCCACCGGCGGGUACACACGGGAGAACGUCCCUUUGACUGCUCCGACUGUGGCAAGAGCUUUACCCAGUUGUCUGGGCUGCAGGGACACCGGCGGGUGCACACGGAAGAACGCCCCUUUAAAUGCUCCGACUGCGGCAAGAGCUUCAAGAUGGCAAAGGAACUGAACACACACCGGCGCGUGCACACGGGCGAGAAGCCCUAUGGCUGCUCCACCUGCGGCAAGCGCUUUGCCCAGUCGUCGGGGCUGCAGAUGCACCUGCGGGUGCACACGGGCGAGAAACCAUAUGGUUGCUCCACCUGCGGCAAGAACUUUGCCCGGUUGUCGGGCCUGCGGAUGCAUUGGCGGGUGCACACGGGCGAGAAGCCCUAUGGCUGCUCCACCUGCGGCAAGAGCUUUGCCCGGUUAUGGGGGCUGCGGGAGCACCGGCGGGUGCACAGCAGUGAGCGGCCCUUCUCCUGCUCCGACUGCGGAAAAUUCUUCAAGGCGUGCACGCACCUCAAGGUGCACAGGCGCCUGCACACCGAGCGGCCAUAUACCUGCAGUGACUGCGGCAAGGGCUUCACCUGCUCCAGCAACCUGCUGGAUCACCAGCACACCCACACCGCCGAGCGCCCCUUCACCUGCGCCCAGUGCGGCAAGGGCUUUACCCAGUCCAGCAACUUGCUGUCCCACCAGCGCACCCACACCGGCGAGCGCCCCUUCACGUGCGCCCAGUGCGGCAAGGGCUUCACCCGCUCCUCCAGGCUGCUGUCCCAUCAGCAGAUGCACACUGGCGACCUUCCCAUCCCCAGCCCGGUGUGUGGAGAGCGCUUUGCCAUGCCCUCCCAUGUCCUGUCUCACCAAUGCAUGCACACCAGUGGCCAGCCCUAUGACUGCCCGUACUGUGGCGAGUCGUUUGACAGCUCGCGGGGGUUGCGGCAGCACCGGCGGGCCCAUGGCAGCAAGUCGCUGCUCCCACAGCGGCAAGAGUUUUAAGAGCGCACGGGGGCUGAGGGAACAUUAGCAGAUACACACCAGAGAGAGACCCUUUGAGUGCGCUGAGUGUGGCAAGGGUUUCACCCGCAUGUCCAGCCUGUGGCAGCACCGGCGUGCCCACAGUGAUGAGCGUCCCUCCCCCUGCCUGUCCUGUGGUAAAGGCUUCACCCGCCUUGACCACCUGUUGGAGCACUGGCGAGUCCACACCAGCCAGCGCCCCUUUACCUGCCCGCUCUGUGGCAAGGCCUUUGCCCGCUCCUCCAGCCUGCUGGCACACCG